GAAUAUUGGUAUUUCCAGGUGUGCAGUGUGCACGUCAGCUAUUUGUUUUGCGUUUUGCUUCGGCCCAUCGUUUUAUUUGUAUCUUUAUUUGUUUAACUUCCCAAGUGUAUUUUGAAGGGCUACGAUUGAGGAUGUGGGUCCUGCGCACGGCGCGCGAGGGCGGAAAUGACUAUUUGAUUUUGGAAGGGUUGCAACUGGCAAACAUGAACUUCACCGUCCGUGCCGCGACCAAAGAAGACUGCAAAGACAUAUCGAGAUUGAUCAAAGACUCGGCACUUCGUGACAAGACGUCGGAUCCAGUGAAAAUGGCAUGCGAGGACCUGCAGCGUGAUGGUUUCAGCCAGAAUCCCUUGUUUGAGUGCCUCGUCGCAGAGGUGCCAGAAGGAAGUCAAUCGAAAGAAGGUUUCACAAUUGUUGGAUACGCCCUUUACUUUGACACGUACAGCACAUGGAAGGGGCGGUCCGUGUAUUUGGAGGAUUUUUACGUGAUGCCAGAGUUCAGAGGAUUUGGCAUUGGAAAAAGUUUACUGAGCACCGUUGGUAAGGUGGCCAAAGAGAAGCAGUGCGCGCAGUUGCUGUCGAGCGUGUUGGACGGGAACACCCCGUCGCGAGACUUCUAUGCCGCAAGAGGAGCUCAGGAUCUCACCGUUAACGAAGGCUGGCACGUGAUACGGUUUGACGGUCCAGACUUGGAGCGUUUGGCAAAAGAAAGCCACUAAGAAUAGAGCUGUCUUGAUUAUACGUCAUUGGCAACGUGAACAUGCAGCAUAGAGUUCAUGUGCCGGCACGCGUGCGGUCGCUGGAUUUCUGUUUAUACGCCGUGCCGCAAAGGAAAAAAGUUUCGGAAGUUCUCCGAUAUGCGCUACUCUGUUGUAGGGUGUAUGGGUUGAAAAGAAAACGUAUGUCAUUCAUUUGGAAAAAGAUACGAAGGAAGGUAAACGCCUGGGUUCGCCUCCGGUUUACGCUUUAUUCAUUAAAAUCAAACUAAUUUGUCUCGUAAAGGGGCACCGUGUCACUUUUUACGUGUAUAAAAUUUGGGGAAAGUCACGAGACACAUUUUUAUCGGUCUCGUAAUCUGAAGGUUGCUACAUUUGAUAAAAUAUCUAUAUGACAGAGGCUUACUUAAACUCGGAACACAACAAAGAGUGGAAUUUUGGGUAUAUUUAAUGACAUCUACAAGGGAUCUAGAGGGAAAACACACAAAGGGGGUCUAACUUAAAAAAAAAAAAAAAAAUAGGCAUGCCAAAAGGGAAAUAGAACAACAUGUGUUGGACUAAAGUUGAAAACGGGAGCGUUUAACGCGUCCAGUCCGGGCGAGAGAGAGGACAGUUAGGAUUUGGUGUGAAGUUAGUCAUUUCCCCAAAAUUAUGAGGCACUGGCGUGUUACUCACGAACGUCGCCCGAAGAUAGCUGGGAUGGGCUCCGGCACGCCCGCCGCCCGCGUGAGGAGAAGCGGAACGGAAGACGGAUGGACGGAUGAGUGAAUGUUUAAGCCUGUUGUUUUCCUGUCGGCCAUUUUGGAAAUGACGUCAUUGUCGGCUGCCCGUCGGAAGCAGAGCGCUGUGAACCGCCGCGAAACGUUUUCGACAGGUUGCAAAAUGUGAACGCUGAAGCUGCAAUUGGUCAAAAAGUUGUUGUUCGCCUUUGAGCCUGGACACCCACUUUUGACCGUGCUGUAGCCCCAUUCGCAUUUUGUAGCCUUUUUUGAAGAUGUUUAGUUGAAGACAAUGAUUGGUAGCGUAAAUGAAAUUGGGUCCUUUUCUUUUUGGAUUGCCCCUCGUGUGUUAAAAAGUGUUACAUACUUGCUGAUCCUUGCAAUAUUUUGUCAAAAGCAGUGUCACCAAUGUUGGUUAUGAAAACACAUUGUGACAAAAAAGUACGUAUAUAACAUGGCUUGCAUAUAAACGGCGUGCGCGCGCAAUCCUGCUCCACCGAGCAUCAGUACGUUUGCCUGCGCUUCCUCCAUUUGGCCCUUUUCACGUGCGUAGUCAUCGCGGUCUCUCUUUUGUCCAGACUGCACCAGUCUAGCAGAGAAACGAUUCCAUGUCUUCCUCCAACUUGUCGCAUGAGCACAGCCUCGAGCGGGACCAGAUAUGCGUUCCCGAUUACGAAGCGACAAAUCCGCACGUGUGUCUUUGGGAUGUGUUUGAUCGCCACCGUAAACAUUUGGUUCGCGGCGCUGGAACGAUGACCUGUGUAGGCUAGUCUAUUUGUCGCGUUACUUUAAAAUGCGGGAAGAGACACAAAACCCUUACCAUCAAGCCAAAUCCGUUUUUCUCAUCUCACCGUAGACCGCUCCAUUGCCUCCGUUCCGGAUCAGGGACGUCGUCUCCUACUUUUGCUCCAAUUCGUCUGUGGAAGCAAACGCAAAGCCACUUGAGUUGACGUGAACAUUUCCCAUUUAAUUGCCCUCAUGGGAUCAAUUCGGUAUCUAUCCAUCCAAGUGUUUUGCCAAAGAAAGGAAAGUUGGUUUUCCUCAAAUCCCCCUCGACGUUUGCAAAGCGGUAUUCAUUUCUACAAACUAUUUGGACGACCCGAGAAAGCCAAUUUGUUGCUCAGAAGCCUGAGUUCAUCUCUCAAAAGUAAAUGUCAGAAUGACAAUUCCUUGCGACAUUGUAUACUGAUAAAGUAUACAAUGUGUUAUCAAUCUAAAAGUGUACUCUGGAGGGAUGUUCGAAUGUAAACUGCGGCUAAAGUUCUGAUGACGUUACGACUUGGUGAUUGCAAGAUGCUGGAGGAGAUUCGCAUUUGCGCUUCCACGGUUUGUAGUCGGGCGGUAAUUUGCUGACACGUCACGUCCGUGCAGAAGGCGACGACUAAACGUGUGAUCAUUGGCACUACGAUGAAAAGAUCGAACGAGAAGUUUUGAGCAUUUCAAUUGUGAGCUGAGAAACGUACCAAAGCAACUGAGAACAACUGUGAGAGCAAACGUUGUCGCACACUAAUGGGCUUCGCUUAACAACACUACACUACUUAAUAACACACUACCAUAGCAACUUUCUCUUACCUCAUACACGUGAGGUGAUUGUUCCAGUAGCGUGCUCUGGAAAGAGAGACAUUUUACAAAAGCACUUGCAACGCUUUUAUAUAGAAGAGUGGAAGGACGUAAACCCAAGGAAAGUUGAGGUACACAGCAGUUUAUCUGGAUGCAAAGAUGAGUCUAAAGUCUCUUGUUAAUAGACAGGCAGAGCCUCUCGUCCUAUUUGAACGCGGUCAAAUGCACGACAAAAUGACCACAGGUACAAUAUCAAUAUCGUGAGCAUAAUUGCCAAAGUCAUUUUUGAACGUGUUCGGAUAACAAGUGGAAAGCACAAAGACUUGGACAAACAAGAAGAGUCCGUUGCCUCCGUGGCAACCUACACAAACGCCGAGAGAGGGGAAAGAAAACAACACCAUUUCAGCAAGCACAUUUUGGUUGUGGAUCCGUGGUUUCGUUUGGAAAGAACUGUAAAUCAUCAUCAUCAUCAUCACACACUGAGUUGGGUUGUCUUUUAUUUGACUAGAAAAAAAAAAAGAAAAGGGGAGGACGUUCACAUUUAUAUUUAGCCUCAAAAUUACAGUACAGCAUACUUAAAUUCUUUGCAAAAGUAAAAUACAACAUUUUUUUAUUUUUGCCUUAUAUGAAAAAUACCAAACAGUGUCACUUUCAGUUUUUGCAGUAUUUUGUUUUCUGGUUAUAUGGCAGACCUGAUAGCAGAAAGGUUGGCUUUGUACAGAGCACAAAGGGGCCUUUGCGCACAACCUCUCUUUGAGUUACAUGCAUUGAGGGCAACUGCACAAAUCGUCCUCGAGAUUAUAGCGGCGCAGUGAGAUGCUUGGAACAGGCUUGCGCCUCAAACACAAGAAGCAACACGUUUCACUCAUUUUGUUUUCAAGUGUCCGUUCUCCUCUACAAAGCGGUGGCGAACAAAUUGACAACUUCCGCGGUGAUCAUUUUUGGACAAUUUACGAACCACAAAUAUGGUGAAUGAGAAACGUUUGACUAAAAAAAUAACAUCACUACCUGAAUAGACUUCAAAAAAACAGACUCCUUAGAUGAUCUCUCUCGUUGCACAGAACUGUACAGGCGCAGAUAUAUAUAGAUAUUUCAAAUAAAUAGGGCUAAUCCGGCCAAGAACCAGUGGGGAGGGAAUGUCUGUUUCAGAAAAAGAGCCUGUCGUUCAAUCUCUUUCAGUCCCGCACAUAAACGCAGACAAACACCUUCUCCUCAAGCUCAAAGCCAGAAAGACUGAAAAGGGAAACACCGGAAUUAGUAUAAAACAUAAAUGCAGUUGUUGUGGAACGCCUCGAAGCAGGGGACAAAGCUCGACGGCGCGUCCCCGGCUCGAUCCCGUGCCACGGCGCCAG